AUGAUCACAGUAUAGAAGAUAUUCAUCUGGAUCAGACGAUGAAGAUCAUCCAGCUCCAGAUCUAUCUGUUCAUGUGGUCUCAAGCCACAGAGAGUCUAACAAACACAGCAGUAACUUUAGGAGCUGAUGUGAUUAUAAGCUGUGAUCUUGAUAUAGAGGAGAUUUACUGGUUCAAACUGAAGUUACCGGAUCCUCCAGUGUUGAUCUUACGCACUUUCAGUAGCACAAAUGAAGGAGUACAAUAUGAAAACAUCAUCUUCAAACACAAAUACUCAGUGAAAACUAACAGUCGUCUGUUCAUCAGAAAUAUCACCACUGAUGAAUUAGGAGUUUAUUAUUGUGUGAAAACUAGUGAACCACUCAAAUUCAGCAACGGCACCAAAAUCUACAUCAGCGACUCAGUUCACAAGAAUCAGACAGAAUCAAACGAUGCUCCACAACACGAGACACCAUGGAGGAACCUGACCAUCAUCACAUCUGCCCUGCUGAAUGUGCUUCUGAUCAUUGCAUUAAUAGGUUUGCUGAAGAGCUACAUUGAUGUAACUGGACGAUCUAAAAAUUGCACUGCAGCUCAAAACUCAAAUAACCCAAAGUGUGCUGAAAUUGAUUUUUCCAUGUGUCCUGGUAACACCAGGCAUUGCCCAGAGCAGAGCACUGCUGUCCUCUACAGCCAAUGACAUUUUCUGCUGUUCUACAGUUUUAUGUUUUAUUAUCUGUCAUACCACUGGAA